AUGAGCAUUUGCUCUUCGAUUCCGGAAGAUCACUGGGGAUAUACAAAUUCCAGCUUGCUGGAAAGUGAUCUGAAAGUGAGAAAAUAUCAUGUCAUGCUAUUCUUAAGAACCUGUAUGAGCCAGAAACGGAUGUGACUUUGACCAUUAGCUUCAAAAUAACAGCGGAAAUCGAGAUAAGAAAACCGGUCAGUAUAAAACAUGGACUGCGGACUGCGGACCACGGACUGCGGACUGGGUAUAAAAUACGGACUAGGUAUAAAAUGUGGACUCCGGACUGAGUAUAAAACACGGACUAGGUAUGAAAUGCGGACUACGGACUACGUAUAUAAAAACAGCUUCUAGAAAGUAAAACUGAGAGAAAUAGAAAGCGGACUAGCAAAAACAGUAGUCUCAGCUUUAGCAUUCCCUUGGCUGUUCACGUGGUCUAUUCUUCCCAAGGAGAAGGAAGGAAUUUUUAGUUGAUUUCCGGUUUUAAACCAAUAAGAAGCACCGAAAGAAAACAAUUGAAACUAAACUCGGAUGAAUUUUUAAAUAAAGCCUUGGGAAAAAGAAGGAGAUUAGAAGGGAUUUCAAAAAGUAUUUUGAGGGCAGUUUUAAACCAAUAAGAACGUUAUAUUCUAACCGAAUUAAAAACUACUACUACUACUAUUCCGAAUCCUGACCUUACUGCAGACCAAAAAAUGUCAUUUUCCACACCCGUUUUCAGACCAGAUCUCAGAUCUCUAAAAUCCAUACCCAUUUUCGGACCUGGCCUAAUUUAGCCUGUUCCAGGCUCUCAGAUAGUUGGGGAGACUCCUCAGUUUUCUCCCGUUUUAUUUUCGUGUUUUCGCUUUGCCAAUUCAGCUGACCCAACUAUCUCGGAGGCUGGAACAGGUUAGGUCUAAUUAGCCAAAAAUUUUGUCAUCAUUACCAAGUUAGAGCAGAAACAAAAACAUUCUCCAAAUGCAUUUCGAAUACGCACAUUUCUAUUUCGUUCCUAUUCAUUUAAAAUGAAACGAUAAAUACGUCCAUUCAUGUACGCUCCCGUAAUUCCCUCGAAAACCAUACCCGACUCCAGGCCAAAAUGGGCAAAGUGGGUAGUCCGUAGUCCGUAUUUCAUAUCCAGUCCGUAGUCCGUAACCCGUAGUCCGCAGUCUGCGUUUUAUACCCAGUCCAUAUUUUCCAGUCCGCGUUUUAUACCUAGUCCGUAUUUUAUACCCAGUCCGCAGUCCGUAGUCCGCAGUCCGUGUUUUAUACUGACCGAUAAGAAAACAUAUGUUUUGCGUCGUACUUCGCAGACGAGGUGUAUCGGCUCUGUAAAGCAUACAAUAUAUGUUCUUUCAUUCAUUCGUUGCCAUUCAUUGCUAUGCGUUUAAACUGUAUGUUUUCUUUUAAUUGUCAAUAGCUCCGUUUAUGUGGCUUGAUCAUCUUUAAACGGCGUUUGCCAGCGGAUGUUCCAUGGGAAAAGCAUUAAAUAAAAUACUUUUCACCUGAAUGACAUAAUCAGUUUUGUGGUGUAGCGGUUAGGUAAAGUCGCAACGAACCGAAGUUGCAGGGUUUGAGUCCUGCUCAAGACCUUUCUUCCUUCCUUCUUUCUUUUUUUUUCCCGUUUUUGUUUUCUUGUUUUUCUAUAAGUAUGUACCUUAAUACAUAACUGUUAUUUAAUAAGGUGCAAUAAACAGCAAGAAAAGUAUUGUGUUUCCAGAGAAAAGAUAGUAUAUUAAAUAUAUGGAUAAACAAUCUGAAUUUCUUUCAUUUCCCACAAUUUACCGUGGGAAAACCAGAGUUGUUAACCAUUUCAUUAUUUUCUAAACAACGUUCCCACGAGUUGACGAUAGUCUUUCUUUGAUAAAAACCGUUUCAGUUAUUCUGCUCUCUCAAAGCAUUGCGUGCAUGGAAACAAUAGAUUAAGACUGAUUGUGGUUGACCCGUUUCUACAACUCCUCCUUUUUGGCGUCAACUUUAUUGUGACGUCUUGGUCAAUUUGCAAGCUCGAAGUCACUGGUUUGCCUAGAACAUCAGGAAGGCUUUUCUAUCAAACUUCCAAAAAAACCCUCUACUUCUAAUCUCUCAUUCACUGUGCGUAUGGGUACUUGACAAACCAGAAACGCGAAAUGGCCCUAUCUCCUAUCUUUUUAAUUCUUCCCAAAACAAUUUAAAACAAAGACAAACAGUGUUAUCUUAUCGUAAACGUGAGGUUUUCUAUACGUUGGUUGAAAACGUGUUGUUGAUCCCCUAAUAUCACUUGUAUCUACUUGACAGACCAGACAGUCAUUUCUCCCUCCCACAAUUAUAGUCUGUUUUAGAGCCGCCCGGGGAUGGGGUACUCCUGGGAAUUCUUGGUGGGGGUGUGUCGCCCGGUUCUCCAAAUCCUGAACCAAAAAAUGUCAUUUUCCACAUCCGUUUUCAGACCCAGAGGUGGUCACAAAACGCAACAUUGUAUGUUUACAUAAAACAGAAAUUAUGUCAUUAUUGCUGAGAUUAAAACCGCAACAAAAAGAUUUCUUGAAAUCCAUUUGGAAUUCGCAUAUUACACUUUCUUUCUUACUCAUUUGGAAUUGAAAUGACGAACACAUUGACACACAACCGUAGUUCCUUCGUAAACCAUACCCGAUUCAGGACCAAAGUGGGCAAAAUCUAUACCCGUUUUUAGACCAAAACAGCGCAAAAACCCUACCCUUUAGAGCGGCACAUACCUAAAUGACUUUCAUAAGGGAGUACCUCCCCCCGGGUAACGCGAGCGAAGAGACAGUGAUAAAGAAAGCAAAACAAUGGCCUCCUGUUGAAUUUUGCGACUUUUUAUGCUUUCAAGGCAUCAAUUUCGCAAUUUGCGUCACUCUUCCUUUCCGUCGAAAAGGGUAGGAACACCCAGUGACCCUUUCACUCUGUUAAGUCAAGCGUGCUUCCGGUUAUCGCUGCAAAACAGGCUCAGGUUAGCCUUCGAUCGUGCCCUCUUCCUCUUCCUCUUCCAGGGUCUGAGGUUUGGGGUGGGGGGGGGGGGACCUCCCCUAUAUCUCCACACCUGAUCACAAUUUGGGUCUAGGUUCUCCUGCGUAGAUGGCGGGAUUCUUGUGCCCGGGGUACUUUUUUUGGUGUUGGAGCCGCCACGCGAAGUAAUUGACUUGUAUACUCACGCUUCUCGCAGCUCUGCCACCAAAUCCCGCCAGCACGCAGGCUAAGGUGCCAGGUCUGAGAUAAGGUUCCAUUUGAGAUAAAGUUUCGUUUAGAGCCUUGAUUGUAUUUUUGUUUGUUUGUAUUUUUUUUUUCUCAUUUUAUCAAGGGCAAAACAAAAUACGAUACUAACAAAGGUAUAAGCGAAUUCGUGCAGCCUUCAACUUCCGAUGGCUUGCUGAACCCUUAGGAAGACUUCCUUCCGGUUAUAAGUUUAUUUUGGCAGAUGCACCCAUAUGUACAAGACUGACGAUUCAUUUCGAUAUCCCGUGAAAACAAGAAAGCUGCUGAGCGGAGCAACAAGAGCAAACUUUUUCCCCUAUCUGUGAAUUGCUCCUUGUUUACAAAAUGAUCGCUUUGGUAUUGUUGGAGGCAGUCGGCCUGACACUUGCAGGUUGUUUCAACAUGUUGGAAGGUAAAACAUUCAACUUAUAGCGGUUUUUUUUUUGUUAGUCAGCCACACCGCAACUCACAGUUCAGACUCACACAAGACCAUGACAAUCGGUUUGCUUUGGUUCAUAAAGAGAAUUGUAGUUAGCUCAACGUAUCUUCAUACAAUCAUACACGAAAUACUUCAGGAUUUAGCGUAGAGGAGCAUUCGUACAGCUGUGAGAUAACGUUACAUUACCUAUACUUCACAGUUAACACUGAGUUAACCUCUUUGGAUACAAGGAGAUGGCUUGGAAUAAAACCGGUUAGAAGCGGUCGCUUUUCAAAUUAAGCUAAGGGACACGACGUCACUCAAGAGAAGUGGGAUUUAGAAAAUCCUCAACUGAAUUUAUAAACGGCGAUGGGAAUAGUCGUUUUAAAAAAGCAUGGAUAAUUUAAAAAUUGAAAUACAUGGAAUGUGGAUGCGUCGAAAUCCGUCCCCAUAACUUUUUGACCUUAAAAACGAAGACCUUGAGAUUCAGAAAUUCUCUAAAUGCAUUGCUCGUAUACUAUUAUAACAUGUGUACUCGCACACGUUUAAUUUUUUAUCGUGUCUCGCCUAUCCUACCUAUCUAUCCUGCCAAUACAGCCCGGGGGGGCACUAGGGUUAAUUUUUGCUAGGUAUGUGCCGCUGACCUCUCAGAGCCCCUACCCCAUUAUAGUCUAUUCUGUGGCUAAUUGAAGACUCCAUCAAUUUUGGACAAAUAUGUAAUGUUCGCGAUCCCAACUUAUAUUAGUCACUUUCUAUUUUUAUGAAUUGACCCAUUUUUAGAUUGAAUGAAGAACACUUUACUUUUCAUCUGCAGUACAAACAUUCUGGUACGUUUGCUAAGCGUAAAUAUGAAGAACUCUCUUACCCCAAAAAAUCCGAAAAUGUGUAUGUGACCCAAUUCUAGUAAGUCUAUUGAAAAUGCGAUCCCGUUAUAGUCAAUCCAGUCUUAAAAAUGCGACCCCUUCCUGCGGCUUAUCCCAAUUAGCCUCCCUCUUAUAAGGAGGUACAACCCCCCCGGAACACAGCCGUCUCUCCUCCAAUCUCUCCGCUAAGCAGGGACUCUCCUGCAAAAUUUCCUUAGUAACGGGGAGCAAGGAUGGACGGCUGUAUUCGCAGGCUUCCCCCUAAUACACGAAAUUUCUUUUAUUCAGGAGAAAGAAAGAAAGAAAAAAACCUACCGAGUUUUAUUACGUCAAACAAAAUUUCCUCCUUAUAAGCUGUUGAUUUGAUAAGACGAUGAACAAUUCGGGAAUCCUGCCCAAAACAUUAUCUGAUACCGAAAAAGGAAGUUGAUUUACCGGAUAUCUUAAUUGUUAUAAUGCUGAUAUAAUCGUCGAUUUUUUAGGCGUUGGUAACAGUCUGUCAACGCAUCCAAAAAGGAAGAUGUUUGCUGUUUCCCACGGCCUGCUAGAAGCAAAAACAAACAAACAAACAACAACAAUUAACAAUAAAAUAACAGCAGAAGCAGCAGCAGUAGCAACAGCAAAAAUAAAACAAACAACAAAACAAUGCAUCCACGAACAAAUCUUCCCUUUUGGCCCCGUUUUCUGCCAAUUAGCACGAAAGUGGCUAAAAAUGAUACCCUUCGUGUCCAUAUAAAGCGGCCUUUUAGAAAAAUAAGAUAAAAACAAACAAAACAAAACAAAUCAAAACGUCACAGACACAUCAGUGUUUACAUGCAGACAAAUUAAAAUCAGAUAUUUUUACAAGAAAAAGUCGGUUGUUUAAUUGUUUAGGAACUGUCACAGCUUCAUCUUAAGGAAAUGGCGCGAUCAUUUGUUAUCGUCUCAGAUUGAAACAAACCUUUAAGUAUGUUUCUCUUGAAAUGCAAUAAUGCAAUCCUUUUCUAUCUUUUUUCUUAGUCCCUCGAGCGAAACGAGCCAGACACGCAAAUGACAACGCGCGUGGCUGAAAACGCGAGGCGGGAGAGGCACGCCUUUGAAAGGUCAUUCGCUGUUUCUGUCAGGUUUUCGGGGGUAACAUAUCCUCUGAUCCAGUCAUGGACAUUGUGCAGAUAACCAGGACGAUUUAUGACAGUUUGUGUCUCGAGACACAAAUAAGUGUCCGUUGUCCGGUGUCCGGGUUAAUUUUACAGAAAAUAUAUGAAUCAUUUUGGCAGGACAAACAAAACUGUCCGUUAUAUACGGCCGGGUGUAGGGCUCUCCGCAAGUUGCUCGAGAUUUUCCAAAAAUUUUUUUGUAAUUUCUCAAAAAAGGUGCUCAAAAGUUGCUUUUUGUAACGAAAGUUCCUCGAAACGUGACAAAAACUUUCUCUGAUCUGAUGCUAAAAUAUGCAAAUUGUACAGCAAAAGUAAGAUUUCUAAGCAUUUUUUUGCAAUUUGGAGGCGUAACCAGCGUCGCUGAAUAACUUUGUCCUCAAUUAUAACCCAAAAAUGUAAUGAGCCAAUACAAUUGUUGAAUGACAUUCUUCAGCCGAGACACUCAAGUCAGUCGAGUGUGAAUCUUCAUCCACUUUUUGAAUUUUCCCUAAAAACCGCUAACCUAGCAGCAUGGCUACUGUUAUCUUGCGCCCAUCAUCUGCUCCAGGGGGAAGCAUUUGGCUCCUUUUUUACAGGAAAUUCAUAAAUUGUCUACUAAAACAUUGUGAAAAGCUGCCCCGACGUCUCAGAAUUAGAAGACAACUAAAGAAAUUGCUCAAAAUGCAAAAGGUUGCUCGAAACGAAAAGAGUUGCUCCAAAUACGAGAAGUUGCCAAAAAGUUGCCAAGCCGGCUUGUGCGGCAAAGCCCUACCCGAGUCGGGUGUCCCGUAAUAUUUCACAAUUAUUCCUCGAGUCCGAAUUUUCUUGGAUGGAUAGUUUACCAAAUUUUCUUACCCAUGGUGCUCCGCAGGAGCGCUUCGCGCGCGAGAGCUCCGCUAUUAAGCGGGUGUCGUCUGUAGCGCGGGAAUCCAUUGUACCAUUGAGUUGGGGAAAAUCCACUGGGAAUUUCCCUAUUCACUUACUACUCUUUGCAGAUUAAAUUUGUCCAUAUCCUAGAAAGUUAGCUAGCCACAAUUCCAUGCGAAAGAAAAACGAUAAUGUUAGGAACCAAACUAACUGUAAAGAAUAAUGUCGGCUGUUUUCUCACGCUAGGCUUUUCAUUUAUUUUAUUUCUCUAGGGACCUCAAUAUGGCUGUCGCAAGAGUUUACUGUUUAUGCCAAUCAAAAGUUGACGUUGUCAUGCCAACCAAGGGAUAGCCCCUCGAGCUUUGUUCACUGGUACAAGACAAAUAGGUCCUCGACCAAUGAGUAUGAAGAUUACAUCUUCAGGGGGACCUCUUACACCAUCACCAACGCAACCGAGGAUGACGCUGGUAUUUAUGUCUGUUCUGGGGAAGAAUACGGAUUCUAUGACAUUAAAAAAUACAUGAUGGUGAACGUAGUAGGUAGGUUGGCCUGUGCUCAAUAUUAUUGUUUGUCAUGAAAAUAGUUCGCCAGGUUUUGCAAGAAUAUUUUGGAAAGGUUGACCAGCUCAGGGAAGCUCUUUCAUGUACCCUGUACCUACGUAUCGAUUUUAAGUGUGCCCUGUCCAUCUCCUAGAACACUUUUACAUGACGGAAAAAGGUGAUUUUGCAAAGUUAGGUAGGGUUCUUAUCCACAUGUUAUUGCGCAUAGCAUAGUUAUACUAAAUCAAGACGUUUUCCCUAACAGUGCCUGGUGACCCAUCUUGCGCCCAAGGAUGGAGGCGUCACAAGAAUUCCUGCUAUAUGUACUCCCCAAAGCAUUCUAACGUAAUAUGGUCCGAAGCCAAUAAAUAUUGUAACGGCUCUCAUGCACAGCUGGCGCAGUUGCCUGAUAACUCUGAUGAUUUACGCUUCUUAAGUACCCUUACCAAACACCGAGACCAGCCUAGAUUUUGGAUUGCACCGCCAAGAGACACUCGUGAGGGCUACCAGAAAUCAAGAUGUCCCCUAUUCGACAAUAAAAAGCUCGGCUCAAGGACAACUGGAGACUGCGCGAUUAAACUUCCUUUUAUAUGUCGGCGAGGUAAGGCUAAUAAAUGCAAGUAAAAACUGGACUCGCAUUCUUUUUCAGUGCCAAAGACACUUUCAACAAUUAACAAUCAUUGAAUUCGGCUUUCGUAUCAUCUGAAGAAUUAUGGAGAUCUCGGCAGUAGGCCUCGGCGGUUAACACCCUUUGACAUUUCCAUAAUUCUUCAGAUGAUACGAAAGCCGAAUUCAAUACGUAUGGGUUAUCGGCCUGAAGCGAGGGUUAUGUGAUUUAUUUCCCUCGUGCGUAACGCGCGAGGGGAAUAAAUCACAUAACCACGAGCUGAGGGCCGAUAAAUGGCUUAUUUUUACAUAAACGAGGAUUCCUCAAAGGAUGUAAAAAUACAUUGACGAAAAAUGCCUCUAUUGUUCAUCUUUCUUUUGUUUUUUAACACUCCAUGCUGGCACUGGUGGCAUUCACAGGUUUCUCGGCUUUUUAAUUAUGUUAGUUUUUCAAAGUCGCAUUUCAAAUUAGGGCCUGUUUACAUGGAGGUGGGGGACCCCAGGUAGGUGAGGUAACCCGCUUAGGUGGGGUAACCCUCCUAUUCAUGUAAUCUCUUAUUUUAAUUUGAUCACGUUUACAUGAUAGGUGGGGUGACCCGUCAAGGCGAGUAGCCCGGUCAGCCAGACCGGGUUACCCUCUCAGACGGGGUCAAAUUUUGCCAUGUAAACGUUUCAAGGUGGGGUAACCCGCCUAGCCGGGGUCGGAUUCGUGAUACAUCAAAUUCGCGCAAAAUUCACUUUGGCGGUGGCUUUGCAUCAUUAUUAAAGGUAACAAUAGAAAGCCACAGCACUGAAGGUUGCAGCAAGAGCAGCAAGUGAGUGUAGAAGAGCAUUAAUCGCCAAAACACGUGGUUUGCCAGCAUUUUUCUUGUUUACGUGCUUAGCGACCAUUCAAUAAUCUUGAGAAAGUGCACCCCGGGAUGGUGGGGUUGUAACAUUGCAUAUAAAGGAGGGUUAUUUUUUUACGCCACCUAAGUGGGUUACUUCAUCUACCCGGGGUCCCCCAUCUCCAUGUAAACAGGCCCUUAGUUGUUCGCAGUGAAUGCUAGAAACAGCCUAAAGAACCUAGCAGUGUCGAGCGAUUCAGAGCCAGAAGUAGAGCUGUUUAUUACUCAAACUAAAGCAGCUUUAGUGGCGGUACUUCAAGAGCUUUCGGAAAAGAAUUUGAAUCUUCAUUUGCGGGUGCAGAAAACGAGCAAGCAGUUGACAAUUUCAAUUUUCACACCGAGGAUCUUUCGACCGACCUGCAUGUUUACAGACAAAGAAGAUUCCGGGCGAGGGAUCACUACAUAACUGCACCUGACAAGGAAAUUCAGUCGAGGAAUCAAGGAAGAAUACCACAAAACCCAAAGAGGUCAACUACAUGUCUUCAUGGAGUUCACGAGUUUGGGAUGACUGGUUAAAGAAAGGACUCCUUACCAUGACAGCGACAUUUUCGUGGAACCGUAGAAUUUUAAAGACGCUAGCGCUGUUCAAUUUCGAACUGUCGUUUUGGCUGUGGAAAUCGAUGAACCAACAACCAAGAAAAUCCGUGAAUGUGGCGCAAAAGAAACGAAGCUCAGUUUAAUUUUAGUAAUUAUAGUGUCGUGUUUAAUAUUUCCAAUAAACAUUUGUGAAAUUUUUCUUUAUGAAAAGCUAAUUGAAAUGCGAGGGGAUUAUGUAUUAAUAUGCAAGGGAAUAAGUCACUUAUCCCCCUUGCAUAUUAAUACAUAAUCCCCUCGCAUUUUAAUUAGCUGUUCAUUAGCCCCGCUCUUCCCUUCAAACAAUCAAAGCCGCACCCAGCUUUUCAGACAGUUGAUUUGGGGGUUACUUAAUAUAUUCCCGCCGAAAAGAACAAAGGAAUCCGAGCUUAUGUAAAAAUAAUUGUUAAUAAUCAUAAUAAUAAUAAUAAUAUUAAUAAUAAUAAUAAUAAUAAUAAGUAUGUAUAAUCAAUUCAGAAAUUGUGUAGAGUGAAAUUAGGGAAUAAUUUCACGCGCGUUUAGUCCAAAUCCUAAUAAUUUCCCGAGGCUUUUUACCUAUUAAUAUCAUCGGUGACGAAUUACGUUGACUUCGCAAUCGUGGAGUUUUGACAUGUUUAUCCUGGUGAGGAGCUCCUCUCCUGGUUUUAUCGUAUAGAUCGAGAACUUUACUCCCUCAAACGUUUCAGUAUAGAGCUUAAAUUUGGCUUAAGUUCAGAAUUUUAGGAUCCUUCCUGAUGUGCUCUUUCGUGUGUUUACGUUUUCUAAUUAAAGCGUCUUCUAAUGCCCCGACAACUUCAUUUAUAACAUUUUAAAACUUCGUCGCCAUCUUGGCACUGGGACGUCGGGGGAGGUUGCCAUAGCAAUUUUCUAAUUUCACAUGUAAAUUAUGAAUUAAUGCUGAAAUUCGGGCCAAAAUUAAAGAGUACUUCGUCACCUAUGAUAUUAUAAUAAUAAUUUAUCCCAUGUCCAAGUAAUAAUUAUUAUUGUCAUUAUUAUUAUUAUUAUUAUUAUUAUUAUUAUUAUUUUUAAAUAGUUUUUUUAUUUUUUUAUUAACUUUUCGAUGCUUUUUAUAAUUGUUAUUAGUAGAAUUAGUAUUAGUAUUCGAAUAACGGUUUUUAAUUGAAAUGAAUUUUUUAAUCGGAACUAUGUGGGUUUUUUUAAUUGAAAUGAAUUGUAAAUAGUACUUGUACUCGAUAGUUUUUUCUUUAAGCAAAAUUUAAUUGUACAUAGGUCGGAUUUUGUAGUUAGUUUUCUUAUCAAUAAAAGAUUCAGAUUUAAAUUAAAAAAAAUUAUUAUUAUUAUUAUUAUCAUUAUCAUUAUCAUUGUUAUUUAAUUUUUUUCAAAAGGAUUUGCUAAGUUUAGAAGCCAAAAUGACGAUUCGCUUGUUGGUGUCCAAUUUAACUAAAUUUGCCUUCUCGGAGUUGUAAACACUGUUUUUGUUUUCUGUUCGCACAGUAUUACCAAGUGUUCCAAAGGAUGUUAUCAUCGAACACACUACCUCCUCCUCAUUUCAAGUUGGGUGGUCUGUCCCUACAUUAAGCUCCACUGAAAAACCUUUAGUAUACAACGUGGAACUAACGACAUCUUAUGGAAGUGUUAUUUCACGGAGAUCCACCCAACAGCGGUCUCUGGUGUUUUCCAAUCUUCAAUCAAACACGCACUAUCGAAUACGUGUUCAGGCUGAGAACAGCGCGGGCAAUGGGUCGAGUUCUUAUUUUACAUCAUUGAAGACGAAGGACGGUAAGUACAAGGGCAGUAAUAAUGAUGAUGAUGAUAAUGAUAAUGGUGAUGAUGAUGAUGAUGAUAAUGAUGAUGAUAAUGAUGAUGAUGAUGAUGAUGAUGAUGAUGAUGAUGAUGAUGAUGAUGAUGAUGGUAGUGGUGAUGAUGAUGGUGGUGGUGGUAAUGAUGAUGAUGAUGAUGAUGAUGAUGAUGAUGAUGAUGAUGAUGAUGAUGAUGGUAGUGGUGAUGAUGACGGUGGUGGUGGUAAUGAUGAUGAUGAUGAUGAUGAUGAUGAUGAUGAUGAUGAUGAUGAUGAUGAUGAUGAUGAUGAUGAUGAUAAUGAUGAUAACUGAUGAUGGUAGAGACUUUUGUUCUUAGGUCAUCGUAGUUUGAUAAAAUAAAACACAAACAGGGGUGAUAAACACUGUAAGUUUUCGCCUUUUUUAUUACCUUGACGUUUUGUAUCUUAUUCAACAUACAUUUUCAAAAGUGAUCUUAGGUGACCGUUAAAGAAAACGACGAGAUGAUGAUGAUGAUAUUGAUUAUAGCGGUAGUAACGGUGAUGAUGAUGAUGAUGAUGGUUAUGGCGGUAGUAACGAUGAGAAAUAAACAUAGAACUACGUAGAAGUACGUUGCGAUUUAAAUUAUGAUAACUAGAAUAGAAGAUGUUCACUUACUGAGAUCAAUUUUUACCCCAGUCAACUUGUACUUCGCUCGCACUAUGUUGAUUGCUUUCCCCAUUCUAAAACUGCUGCCGCCAAAAAGUGUAAGAAAGUUAAAGUGAUCAACGCUUUUUUCGUUCAGGUCCUCCGGUCAUUGUCUCUUCUCCACCAAACGGCAAGGUGAGAGCAGGCCGCUCAAUAACGCUGAAGUGCAACCACCAAGAUAUUGAUUGGUACAAGGAAGGAAGUGCUGAGAGUUUAGGGAAUAAAUCUAGUUUAACCAUUCGUAAUGCUUCUGCAAAAGAUGAAGGAACUUACCAAUGUGCCGUGAAAAAUGGACCCAAGACCUCUCAGAAAGUCAUCGUCAUUGGUGUUUUUUUUUUUUCUAAUCUUUUUUUUAAUGAUAUUUUUCAAAAAAAAAAAAAAUUAAUUAUAGUAGUGCUACCUUGCCAAGUCGAAUUUGAAGGCUAAUUUGAAACCAGGUUUUAUCGAAUUAUCUGACUGUAAGUGACGGAAGAAGUUAGGUAAUGUCCGGCUUUAUCUGCUUUGGCCGGACUUAAGUUACAGACAAUUUCGAGUUAACAAGUUCGAUCGAGAGGAAAGGCGAGGGCUCUACUCGGUAUAUCUAGCACAACUCUCGAUUCUUGAGAUUUUGAUCAGCCUUUUUUCUGUUCGCAUUCCUUCUAAUGUCUAGAACCACCAGUAAUCACCGGUAUAACCGGAUUUGUCAUAAACCAGCCACAAAAGAAAGAACUCAAAGAGCGAGGAAAUGGAGACGUUUUCCUGCUUUGCGAGACGUCAAACAGACACCCACUAAAGUACGCAUGGAAAAAAGAUGGAACGCCGCUGACCAGCCAAGAAGACACACUGAAGAUUUCAUUGAAAGACGAUUCAGUCACGGGGGAGUACGAAUGUCAAGUAUCAAAUAGCGCUGGCACUGCAUGCAAAUCUCUUGUCGUCUCUCCUAUGUUAAACCCAGGUUAGCUUUUAUAGAUAUAUUUGAUUGGCGAAUAUGAGGUGAGUGAGCCUCGGAAAAUAAAAUAAAAAAGAUAAUGCCGAAGGCGUUUCCGUUUGAAAGCACUUUACCGACCAAAUACCAGAGGCCUUUAGCCCGAGGGGAGGGUAGGACUCCCCAUAUGAAAGGGGUGGGGAUGCUCGUCGUCUCGCUUAGGGGUAUAAAUUUCGGAUUUUGGUCUCACUCAGGGUGUUCUGGAAAAAACGCCAUCAUAUUUAGCCGUGAAGGUCUCGUUUAGGGUUGCACGCGAAAAAUAUAUAUUGUCUGUGUUUUAACGUGGUCUCUCUUAGGGGUCAAAAAUAGCUUGGGCCCCACCCAGAUCGGUCUCCUUCAGGGGUUUAAUUCAAAAUUUCCGACGAGCAUCCCCACCCCUUUCAUAUGCGGUGUCCCCCCCUCCCCCCUGGGGGGCCUUUAGGAGCAGGCUUUUAUGGUUGACACGGCAAACGCCAAACCUGAGGACAUCACGUGUCCAUAGUCUGCGGUUGCCGUCGGUAAACAAGAAGCAGCCGUUUGCCUUAAACGAGGAGCUUAAAACUCCCAGCUGCUUCUUAUUGGUUAGGGUAAGCAUUGGGGGAUCUUCCGUACACGAGCAGCCACUUUAACGAUGAUAAUGCUGCUAUUUUUAUUCGAAGAAGACCUAUCUUUAACUGAAAUGGCUUUGAGUUGGUUACGUGCUACAAGAUAUUUGGCUGAUUGAUAGAUAGAUUGAUUCAUUGAUUCAUUGAUUCAUUGUUUGAUUCAAUCUAACGUCAACUAACUAACUUAAAUCCGGUGCAUUUUUCUUUCUCAGCAGAUGAAGAAGUUUUUUCACUCCGUCGUAAAAAUUCCACGUUGGCACACUUCAUAGUGAUUACAGUUUUGUCGAUUCUUCUCGCGGUCUGCUGUUUCCUUGGAGUUGCAUUCAAAAGCAGAAUCAUGUGUUUCAGGUCGAAAAACACUAGAAAACUGACAACUCACAGCUCUUCCUCGGAGACAACGGCCAUCGAGCUAGCGGGCCCAAGCAGAGAGGACGACUCGCCACGUCUUUUGCAAUCCUCCCCUUCCGAUGUAUCGCAGGAUCACGACGACGUGUUCCCAUAUGAAGUUGCGCGAGCACGGAUAGAGUCCAGAGGUCCUUACAUGAGCCUUUAUUCCGUUGCGACACAACAGACACAAGCAAACAAACCAGACUACUUGAACAUUUCACCAAGCAACCGAAACGACAGCGCUGCUAAUUGUAUGUACGCUCCUUUGAAGUAUACACAGGAAGCCAAUGACAAGAAAAUACGCCCCUAUGCUAACCUGGACGUUGCAGGCGCUAAUGCUGGUAAAUGA